UGUUGAUUGAAGCGGUGUGCAUACGUUUAAAUUUCGCUCUGUUAAUUUGUUAAAUUUACGGUGUAUUUGAUGUUGUAAAACCUGCUAAAGUACUAUUAUUGUUGACCAGAGAGAUCAAGUUACUAGUCGAUCAAGUUGACCUGUCCCUAUAGAGCUAUUUACUAGCCAAUUCUAGUUUGAAGUAACAUUAUGGACUGCAAAAAGUGUCUGCUUCCCGUAACAAAAGAUCAGCCAUUCAUAUUCUGCAAUGCGUUGUGUGCCGGGCUGUAUCACGCUUCUUGUGUCGGACUAAACGAUCAACAGCUCGCUGCAGUAUCGCCGCCGAACAAAAACAGUUGCUGGAUGUGUGAUAAUUGUUUGGAUGAGUUCGUGCAGUGGAGGAAAGUGAAAAAAGAAUUAACCGCUCAAAAAGCACUGGAGCCGAAAUCUGCACUACAUCAAGACGUCGAAGAGUUGAAAGCGAAAGUUGAAACAAUCAUGUCUCUACUCGCUUCAAAUGUGAACUGUUCUGCCAACAUCGUUAUGCAACAUUCAACUCCAAGAACAUCACCGAAAUGUACUAAUACAGCACCAUAUGUACCAAACUCUCGCAUUGAGCCAUUCGUUCCACAUGAUGCUCCGAAUCGAUCAUUUGAUUGUACGAGCGUGGAAGAGAGCUUCGCAUUAGUACUGACCAACAUCGAUAGCAGUGUUUCGGAAAAAGACAUUCAGGAGAUGGUUUCACGAUGUUUGGGCGCCUGUCACAAAGAAUGUGUGAAUGUUAGAAAACUUGUUCCGCGAUGGGUUGACAGUAAUACAUUGGACUACAUUUCGUUCAAAAUUGUUCUGGACACAAAAUGGAAAUCUGCUGCAAUGAAGUCAACUACAUGGCCAAAAAAUGUUAAAUUCCGAGAGUUUAGACAAAAAUGUUGUACAUGGAAGCCAGAUUUAAGCUAGUUAUGUUACUAAACAUUAUAUGGUUACAUGCUUUACUGUUUGAACUCGUAUGUUUUUGUGAUAUUGCUGUUUUUACUAAAUCCCAUUUCGAAAAUGUUAAAUGUUAUCUUAUAUGCUGAAUGAUACUUCAUGUUCAAUGUUACACUGCAGGCCGUGUUAUAAUUACAAUUGUGAAAAGCUUUAUUAAAUUAACUUCAUUCAAUUAGACCAUAAGA